AUGAAGUUCAUCAAACCUCUCACAGCCCUAGCCGCAUUUAUCACCACUGUCUCGGCCGAUUUCACCCUCGAACCCAACGACAUCGUCUCGCCAGAAAACGACUUCAGAGACAUAGACAUGGCCGGCGAUCCCGCUUGUAGCGUUUGCCCAUUCUACAUGUCCGAGUGCAAGGAGCUUGUUAACUUCCUCAAAGAAGUGCGGUCCCUGGUUCACAUGCAAUACCAUCUGCCUCUGCGAGAUCUCACGCAGGUUCCCUUGUGGAAUAUGCGGGUUUCACUGUCCCGCAGCCGUUGCUAUUGGGAUCUUUUGAAGGAUGGAUCUCGGUACAACUUCCGGAAGACAGUGGUUGAUUGUGAUCAGGCGCUCGGUAACAAAACGAAGGAAAUUUUUGAGGAUUUGGCAUUGCCGGGACAAAGCUUGAUGGCUAGGUGGCUACAUGAGAUGAAUAUAUGGGUGUCUCUCAAUCAAACGGUCGAUGGUGAACUUGGUUUCUAG